UUCAUAUUUAGUUUUAAAAUAGGAAGCUUUAACUUAUGCAUAAGUCGCAAUUGUGUUAAACCGAGGCAAAAUGGCUUUCACGAGCUUGGUUUUGGGUUGCUUAGUCCCGACGCUACUUAAAGGCUGUCUUGUCGAAGAUGCUGAAGAUCUAUACGGGUUUCCAAUGCGGAAGGUUGAUACUUACUACGAUGGUGGCGAUAUAAUAAACGACGGCCUGAUUCCUGACAAAUGGUACCGAACAGUUCACAUGAACAAACAAUUUUUACUUCUUGACAGCAACGGUGCUGACAACUGGAAUCUAACCUUUGGAAUGUGUGGAACAUUAUAUCCUAUCUACUUACAGGACCCACAUCCUGAUACUGCAACACUGACUAAUGAGUCAGUCCAAGUUACAGCUUGCACACUGAACCUCAACACGGCGUGUUUACCAGCGUACACCAUUCAUAUUCGGAAAUGUGGAAAGGAAGUGCAGUACCUUCUUACAGCUUCUAUUGCAUACGGAGGAUACUGUUUCGACGAAGGUCAGACACUAUACGGUCCCCAAACCGUGCCAGCGCCCGAACUAGAUGAUGUUGAUCUUGGGUUUAUCAAUGUCACCACUAGAGUAAUUCACACAAGCACACUUAGCCCGCUGUUUGGACUCCUAUAUACACCAACUACCUAUUUCGUGUGCACGUUUAACAUGAAACCCACAUAUUUCUACACUGUCAAUUGGUACAUUGAGGGUAAUUACUUGACCACCACGGGUCCUUCUAAUGAUUCCAUAGAACUAGCAUUAACAGAAAAAACUAUAAUGGACUCGGUUCGUCCUGGGUUUACGAUUAGAUGCGGUGUUCUAGUCUCAGUACUUGAGGAAAGCCAGAAAACCGACGAAGUUCCCGGUGAAGAGUUUUUUGCAGGAGUCAAAAUUGAACAUAGAACAAUACAUUUACCAAAAGGAGGAAGUGGAGAAAUUGUAUUGAAAACAACGAUCCCAGUGGCUUGUCAAUAUUUUGAACGUCGUUCUAUUUCUAAUCAGUGUACAUUGACAUUAGAGAUGGGUAAAAAGAAAAUACUUCAAUGCACCGGAAACGUACAGGGCACCACGGACUGCAGCAAUGUGCUAACAUCGCUGACUGCAAAUGGAACCUUUGAGCCAGCAGAGAUACGGUUCCCAAUUGUUACUGUGGACAUAAAUUACAACGACAAAAGCGUGUUUGACAUCGAUCUCAGCUUUGGUCCGCACACAAGCGCGUUAUGGCAUAAUUAUGUUCUUCCGAGUGUCCGGGUCAUUGUCGAGGACUCAGAUGAGCACAAAAGCAAGUGGUGCUACUCUCAUAUCGAUCCGCAUAUGAAGACUACAAAAGGAAGUCAUUACGAACAACAGCGAAAUGCCGGGGUAUAUAUGAUGUACAUUAAUAAGGAGUAUGAUAUUGAGGUUCAGCAGAAAACUAAACUAUGCAACAGAAAUCGUGCAAUGUGCGCCUGUGGUGUUGCUGUUCGUGCGGGGAAGGACGUGUUCAUGAUCAACAGAUGCGGAUCAAUCCAUUACAUUGAUUUUUCCCAUUGUGGCGAAGGUGGAAUAUUGGAGGUUCUAGAAAUAAACUCUAAAAAAUACAGGGUUCUGACACCAAUUGGAACACGGAUUGAAAUACAUCUUCAUGGCGGUAGCUAUGAAGGAACGAUGAAUAUAGACAUAUACAUGGCUCCUAAAGAUUUAAGCAAUAUUGAAGGAUUAUGUGGAACAUUUAACAAUGAUGCCACUUAUGAGUUUUUGGGCAGUAAUGGUCAGCAAAUACAGAAUAAGAACGACUUCGCUGAGUCAUGGAGAAUGGACACAGACACUCAAAAUACAGGUUUGAAAGAAAAGAAUCUUUUUAUCAACCCAGAUCGAAGUUUGCAGUCAUGGAAAGAAAGAAAUCAUUUGUACUGCUUUUGUCAAAACGGAGCCGCGAACUGUUCCUCUACUCAAUAUUAUACGUGCUCAUUUCCAAACAACAUAACGCCAUUAAAAUGCCAUGUUUCCCAAGGAUACAGGAAAAAACGAGGAACAGAUUCUCACAUGAAAGAGUUGCGGCGACUUUUUGAUUUGAUGAACUCUGUCGACCCACCUAUGCACUAUUUGUAUAAGCGUCAAGCAGAGGCCCAGAACAUAUCUGCAGCAGAUGCGCAUGACGCAUGCACGGCUUUAAUAAACGGAAGUUUGGCGGUGAAGAGUUAUUCAGAUUUGUCGGCUCUUGAAAAUCCCCAAGAAGUUAUAAAUAACUGCGCGUUUGAUGUUAUGGUUGGCGGAACGUUAGUUUGGGCAAACGCACAUGUGGAGUCUUAUAAUGACGCGGUGAAGAAUAUGAUUGACUUACAACCGGAAUAUGCGGCUAACAACACUGAGAGGAUAGACGUUUUUCUAGCAAAUACUUGCCCAUCUAACUGCACAGGAAACGGAAAUUGCACACUCAUUGAUACUAGUCAGGAAGGCGUGUGCGUUUGCGAUACAUUUUAUCAUGGAGCUGAUUGUUCGAUCGAUGAAAGGGAUCCGUUGAUUAUAGACGACAUUGAAACAGGGGGCGAAUGCGACACUGCUGAAAGGUCCGACGACUGUCAAUGUUUUGCGAUAAGGAGCGGUGCCAUUCUGCGUUCCAUUCAAUGCACCGUUAAGACAUUCAAGAUAUCUAUAAAUGGGACUGAAGAACUAGUUUCUAAAUAUCGUUCAAACGGUUCAUACGAAGAUAUAUUCACUGGGGCCUGCUGUUCCGAUCUUAACAAGUAUGCCGUCGAUGCAUUUGCAGUCAAGUACGAGGUUUCAGCAAGUAACGAUGGCUCUAAUUAUGGCAAUACCAAAACUGUCUAUGUGUUUGAUUCGACAUGCCAACAUGUUGCUUACGAUGAAAAUACGAACGGAACUGUCGUUUUAAACACCAAAAGCGGAUGCUUUAUCGACAACACGUGUCAUUUUGAUGGUGAAAUUUCUCAGUUUAAUAAUACUUGUCUGCGUUGUAACGCCUCUGCCAAUGCUACUGGCUGGUCUGAAGCACAUUGUACGACAACGACGGCUAUUGCCACAAUUACAACAAACCCUACAACAACUAUCGAAGAAUCUGCAACAACAACUGCAGUACAAACGCUAACUACCGCUCAACCUACGAUUACUACAGCUCAACCUACGAGUACUACAGCAGAACCUACGACAACUACUGCCGAACCUACGACAACAACUGCAGAACUAACGACAAGUACUGCAGCGCCUACGACAAUUACUGCAGAGCCUACGACAACUGUUGCAAAACCUACGACAACUACUGCAGAGCCUAUGACAACUACUGCAGAGCCUACGACAACUACUGCUGAACCUACAACAACUACUGCUGCACCCACGACAACUUCUGCAGCACCCACGACAACUUCUGCAGAACCAACGACAACCACUGCAGAGCUGACGACAACAACUGCAGAGCCCACGACAACUACUGCAGAACCUACGACAACUGCUGCAGAGCCUAUGACAACUAUUGCAGAGCUGUCGACAACUACUGCUGUACCUACAACAUCUACUUCAGCACCAACGACAACUUCUGCAGUACCCACGACAACUGCUGCAGAACCAACGACAACCACUGCAGAGCUGACGACAACUACUGCAGAUCCUACGACAACUACUGCAGAACAUACGACAACUACUGAAGAGCCUAUGACAACUACUGCAGAGCUGACGACAACUACUGCUAUACCUACAACAACUACUUCAGAACCAACGACAACUACUGCAGAGCUGACGACAACUACUGCAGAGCCUUCGACAACUACUGCUGAACCUUCGACAACUGCUGCAGAGCCCAAGACAACUACUACUGAACCUAAGACAACAAUUGCAGCACCCAUAACAACUUCUGCAGCACCCAAGAUUUCUACUGCAGAACCAACGACAACCACUGCAGAGCUGACGACAACUACUGCAGAGCUGACGACAACUACUGCAGAGUCCACGACAACUACUAAUGAACCUAUGACAACUGCUGCAGAGCCUACGACAUCUACUGCAGACCUUACGACAACUACUGCUGAAUCUACGACAACUGCUGCAGAGCCUUCGAUAACUUCUGCAAAACCUACGACAACUACUGCAGCACCAACGACAAUUUCUGCAGCACCCAUGACAACUACUGCAAAACUAACGACAACUACUGCAGAGCUGACGACAACUACUCCAGAGUCUUCGAUAACUUCUGUAGAACCUACGACAACUAUUGCAGCAUCCACGACAACUUCUGCGGAACCUACGAUAACUACUGCAGCAUCCACGACAACUUCUGCAGCACCCACGACAACUGCAAAACUAACGACAACCACUGCUGAGCUGACGACAACUACUGCAGAGUCUACGACAACUACUGCUGAACCUACGACAACUGCUGCAGAGCCUACGACAACAACUGCAGAACCUACGACAACUGCUGCAGAGCCUACUACAAACAUUGCCGAUUGAACGCUAACAAGACGAUAUUAUUGAAUAUCCAACCUCUUAAUAAUAUAAGCCAAGAUAUGUCUUGUUCGAACAGCACGUAUGGCCAAUUCCCGCCUUGCGAAAAGUUAAACUGGAUACCAAGGGCCAAAAUAUACACACCAUCUUCGUUCACGAAAGAUUCCAUAAACGGAGAAUCAAGUUAUA